AUUUCAGCUUCACGUAAAAUGCUACCUGGCGUUGGCGUAUUUGGAACAGGCGAAAUUGCCAAUGUGCUGGUCCCGCUGCUAAGAGAGAAGGGCUUCGAGGUCCGGGCCAUCUGGGGACGCACCCUGAAGGAGGCCAAGGAGACGGCUGGUGCACAGAAUGUGGCAUUUCACACGAACGUCAUAGACGAAGUGCUGCUGAGGAAAGAUGUCGACUUGGUUUUCAUCGUCUGUCAGCCGUUCCUACACGCCGAGAUCUCGGUGAAGGCGCUGGGCAUUGGCAAGCAUGUGGUGUGCGACAAGCCAGCGGGUCUGCAUCAGAUGGAUGCCAUGAAAAUGGUACGGGCAUCGCAAUAUUAUCCGACGCUCAUAUCGUUGGUGAAUCAUCCGCUGAGGUUUCUGCCCGCAUUCACACAAAUGCGUCGCUGCCUUCAGGAUGAGCUCAUCGGACCGCUGGCGGCCGUCGUGCUCAUGGAUGUGCGAGUGCAGAUGGGCACACUGUUUCCGGAGAAGUACAACUGGAUGUGCGAUGCACAGAUGGGCGGUGGAGCCUUAAAUCUCGUGGGCAGUGUUGUGGACCUGGUCAGCUAUUUGUUGCAACAGCAGGCGGUGCGAGUGCAUGGCGUACUGAGAUCCUACACCAAAACUACUGCUGCCAUCAAUGGCAUACGACAGAUAACAGCGCCGGACUUUUGUAAUUUCCAAAUGGAAUUGUCCAGUGGAACGCUCGUCACAGUGGCCUUGCACAGUCACACAGUGCCCGCCAAGUCGUUCUCCCAAGAGGUGCUCGUUUAUGGCAGCAAAGGACAUCUGGUGGUUCGAGGCGGAGACCUCUUUGUACUCAAGGAGGGACAACCAAAAGAAGAGGCUGUCUAUGUGGAUGUUCAGGAUUUGCAUUUCUCCACCACAAAUUCAUUGCUUCCACGACCCUACAUCAAGGGCUUAUGCAAGAUGGUUGGUGCGCUUAAGGAAGCCUUUGGCAGCAAGGAGUCUAGUUGGAUAAAGGCGCCCGUCUCCACAGCCGCCACCUUUGAGGAUGGACUCUACGUUCAGGCCGUCGUCGAGGCGAUACGAAAGUCAAACGAGACGCGUCAAUGGCAGCGUGUCCAGCUAACGACAGACACGCCCCUCAAUCAUGACCAGAUUAUUAGAUAUGGCUAUGCACGCAUGCCCACCAUGUGAAUCUUCUUCAGAUAUAUAAAUAUCUGCUUUGUUAAGAUUCCAACUCAUUAGCCGAUUCACUAAAAAGCACUUCUCGGCGUCAACCAUAAAUGUAUUUAACUUAUUGUAUUAGCAUUUAAAUUUUGCAUUAAUAACUCACAAUUGUUUAGUGUGUAAGUAAACUUAAAAUUUGUACAAGAACUGGAUACAAGUAUCCAAAAUCUAAAUAUAUAUAUAUAUAUAUUAAAAAUU